GCCCCGCCUGCCCCGGGACUGGCGGGGCCGGGGAGCUCAGUGCCUAAGUCGCCCCGGGGUGGCAGUUCCCGUUAACCUUAGCCACAAAGUCAAAGACGGCCGGGCAGGGAGCCGCCGUGCUGAUGCCGAGGGGCCUCCGGGGAUGGAGAGUGGCCUGGCUGGCGACAGCAGCACAGGAGAUGUGCUGGUCAUGAAGAUCAAGCAGGAGAAGCCAGAGUGGCUGCUGCAGGCGCUGGGGCCACAGGCCGCGCUUUCCCAGAAGGAUAAGGAGAACAUUUUCCAGCAGCGUCGGAGCCUCCCGCCAUGCCAGACCGUGGGGAAGCCUCGAGCCUGGGGGGGACAGGAGGAGACUGGGGGUCCAAGGUGGGCCCCUCCCCUCGAGCAGGACGGCGGGCCGGCAGGCCGGGCUCCGGGGGUGACCCUCAGCCCCCUGCGCCCCGCUCUUUCUGCCGGCGAGGGUCACUUCGUGUGCCCGGACUGCGGGAAGAGGUUCAGCUGGUGGUCGACCUUGAAGAUCCACCAGCGCACCCACACCGGCGAGAAGCCGUACCCGUGCGGCAAGUGCGGCAAGAGCUUCAGCCAGAAGCCCAACCUGGCGCGCCACCAGCGGCACCACACGGGCGAGCGGCCCUUCUGCUGCCCCGAGUGCGCUCGGCGCUUUAGCCAGAAGCAGCACCUGCUCAAGCACCAGAAGACCCACUCCCGGCCCGCCACCCACCCGUGCCCCGAGUGCGAGCGCUGCUUCCGCCACCAGGUGGGCCUCCGCAUCCACCAGCGCGCGCACGCCCGGGACCGCCAGGGCACCCGCGCUGGGCUGCAGACGCUGCUCCGGGACGCCACGGCCCACCGGGGCUGUCGCCCGCGGCCGGGGCCCCGGCGGGGGCGCCCCGAGUGGGCCUGGCUGGGGCUCUGCCAGAGCUGGUGGCGCCAGCCCGGGGCCCGGACCGCCGUCCCCGCCGAGCCGCGCCAGUUCAUCUGCAACGAGUGCGGCAAGAGCUUCUCGUGGUGGUCGUCGCUGAACAUCCACCAGCGCAUCCACACGGGCGAGCGGCCCUACCCGUGCCCCGAGUGCGGGCGCCGCUUCAGCCAGAAGCCCAACCUGACGCGCCACCUGCGCAACCACACGGGCGAGCGGCCGCACCCCUGCGCGCACUGCGGCCGCAGCUUCCGCCAGAAGCAGCACCUGCUCAAGCACCAGCGCACGCACCUGCCCGGCGCCCCGGCCGCGCCCCGCCCCAGCCGCGCCGCGCUGCGGGCCCACCAGCAGGCCCACGCCGCCGCCGCCGAGCCGCCCGCCCAGGGCGCCCCCGGCCUGUUGCCGCCGCCGUCGCACGGCCCCUCGCCGGCCCGGGGGCCCGGGGACGUGUCGUGGGGCCGGGCGCGGGCGGGUGGGCCGGGCGAGCCGCACCAGUUCAUCUGCAACGAGUGCGGCAAGAGCUUCUCGUGGUGGUCGGCGCUCACCAUCCACCAGCGCAUCCACACGGGCGAGCGGCCCUACCCGUGCCCCGAGUGCGGGCGCCGCUUCAGCCAGAAGCCCAACCUGACGCGCCACCGGCGCAACCACACGGGCGAGCGGCCCUACCUGUGUGCCUCCUGCGGCCGCGGCUUCAGCCAGAAGCAGCACCUGCUCAAGCACCAGCGCGUUCACCGGGGCGCCCUGGCGCCCACCCCCAGCGCCAAGGGCGCGGCGCUCUAGGGGGCCUGGACCCAAGCAGACCCAUGGGCGGGAUGGGAUGCUUGCGUGGUGCGUGUGGGGAAUGACCAGGAAUGGUGGCUUUUAGAACCCCAGGGGGUAAGACCCUAUCAAAAGGUGCUUUCUUCAAGGCUCUCAGACCUGAGAACAGAAUUCCACAAGCAUCCCAAAACGGGGGCCGGGAAAAGUCCCGGGAAGGGCUGAGGGAGGAGGUAAGAUCAGACAUCCUCACCCUGGAGCCUGGAUGUGUCUGUGAUGGUUGAGGCCCGUCUGUGUCCUUCCUUGGAGGUGGGACGGCAGCCCUCGGGCAUUGAGUGCGGGGGCUGUCGACGGCCCUGGGCGAGGCUCCCGGGGUGAGAUGGCGCAGGUCUGGACUGGUCAGCUGUGGCACCAGCCAGCUGCGCUCAGCUGCCAGAUAGCCCAGGGGCGUCCCUGUGGGGGAGUCUCAACAGACUGAGUGAUACCCAGAUGGGAGCUGGGGCUGGGGAGGGGCACGCCUAUGCCCGUGCGAGGCCAGUGCUGAGCACUUAAUGGCUACUCACGACAUGUUUUUGGAAGGAGGGAAUGGUUUGAUGGUCCUCAACACCAAGUGCCCCGCUGCCCACGGUGCUGUGGUGGCCGGCUUGACCCUAGGACUGGUGUGUGUGUGUGUGUGUGUGUGUGUGUGUGUGUGUGUGUGUGAGAUGGUCAGGGGCUGGGACUGGGGGGCGGGGGUGGUCUCAGCUGGGGUUUGGUACCUUGGGGAGGGACCUGCAGCAGGAGAGCAGCAAAUGUGCUGCCCUGACUCGGUGGGCACUGCCCGGGAUCCCUAUCAACGCCGGUGUUGCAGAAGAGAGAAAUGAAGGAUUGACUGUCUCAUGUGGUCUCCUUUCUAAGCCGCCCUUCCUGUUCUCUGGGUCCUUGUGUGCUUGGAGGGAUCCAUUUGCCCCAGGACGAGGGCAGGGAGCUUUGGCCAUGAGCACAGCCAGUCCCCAUGGCCAGUUCUUGCUGGGGGUGGAGGGCAGUAUUCUCUUCCCUGUUCCCUCUCCAAGACAAUUUGAUCACUUCCCACAUACCCCCCUUGACCUCUAGCCCCUCAAAAGUCACCCCUCAUACCCUUCCAAAAGCAGGGUCGGCUGGGGCCCUAGUGCUAGCAGAAGAGCCGGGGGCUCCAGCCUGGCUGUAGCCUUGGACCAUGUCUUCCCACAGGAGGGGAGGGGAUUGCAGAGGGCGUGGGUAUCGGGGUACCAGGGUUGGAUAGCUGGGAAGUGGGAGGAAAAAGGGGAACCCUAGGGUGAUUCUGUAGGAGGAGAAACUGUGCCUUCCUGCCUCCAGGGAGGACCAGCAGGGGCCCGCCUGGUUCUCCCUUGAAUUCAGAGAAGUGUUAUCUUCUCCAGGAGCUGUGCGGUCACCCUGGCUUCCGUUCACCCCUCUUCUCAGGUUUUGUUUAAUCCCUUUCAUCUGGCAGGAGCCUGAAGUGUUGUAGCAUCACAGAAAGACAUAUGGAAGGCUGCCCUGGUGGCGCAGUGGUUGGGAGUCCGCCUGCCGAUGCAGGGGACACGGGUUCGUGCCCCGGUCCGGGAAGAUCCCACGUGCCGCAGAGCAGCUGGGCCCGUGAGCCAUGGCCGCUGAGCCUGCGCGUCCGGAGCCUGUGCUCCGCAACGGGAGAGGCCACAACAGUGAGGGGCCCGAGUACCACAAAAAAAAAAAAAAAAAAGACAUGGAGGUGAUCCAGCUUACCUGGGUAACACAAUUCUGGUGAUGGUUAAUGUUCAGCCAGGGCCACUGAUUCGUGGUCCAGGCCUUUGAUCACAAACCCUGCUGUGUGAAACCUCACGAAUGGGUGAGGUGUGCCCAUCUGGGAGUUCAGGUCUGAGGACCAGCCGGGGGCCAAAUCAGAAGGGUCUUCCUAAGCACGCUCUGACCCAGCCCUAGGUGCUGCCUUGUCUCCCUGCAAAACCCUGCCCCUCUCCUGCCGGCCCUGCUCAGGGAAGCAAAACGCUUGGGAUCUCAUCAAAACCCACUGUAAUGAUGGGGUAUUUGCUUCCUGAAAUUCUGAGGCCAACUCAAGCAAGCCCUGCUCCUCCAGGAAGCAUCCCAGAGGUACCAUGUCUGCAUUAGAGGCCUGUUAAACCACGUUCCUGAGCGGCAGGGCAGGCAGAUACUGAAGAGAUCAGUUGAGCAGGAGUUUCCAUACAAUAGGAUGUGUUAUCGUUCACAAAUGACCUGUGUUUAGUGAUCAGAUCAAUCAGACAGCUGCACUGGUAAGACUCGGGGUCGAUGAGGUCUGAUCGCAGCUCCCCUCUCCCACCAAUCAAACAGCUGCACUGGUAAGACUCGGGGUCGAUGAGGUCUGAUUGCAGCUCCCCUCUCCCACCAAUCAAACAGCUGCACUGGUAAGACUCGGGGUCGAUGAGGUCUGAUCGCAGCUCCCCUCUCCCACCAAAGUCAUGAGAAUGAUGCCUGUUCACUGACCCCAGGGGACCUACCUCUUCAAAAGUGGGUGCUUUGGGUCACAAUGGGGACAAGGCCAAGUCCAUCAGGGUGAAGAAUUACCGAGGUGCGCGUCCCAUCGACCAGGUUGGGAUGGCACGGUGGCACAGCAAUGAUUUACUAAACAAGCCUCCAGUGUGCCAGGCACGGUGUCAGACCUCAGGGAUGCCGUGAUGAAUAAGCCAUUGUCUUAGUCGGCUCGGGCCAGCAUAGCACCACCACAGGCUGGGAGCUUUAAUGACAGACGUGCAUUUCUCACGGUCCGGGAGGCUGGCAGUCCAAGAUCAGGGUGCUGGCAGAGUCUUCUCCUGGUGAGGGCUCGGUUCCUGGCUUGCAGAUGACCACCUAUUCUCGGUGUUUUCACAUGGU